AUGAAUUAUGUAAUCUGCCUGCGCCAGUUCUCGAGACUCCGAGAGGCAGGCAUGCGAGGUUGGAGGCUGCAGAAUACUUUUACAAUUUCUCGAUCUGGUAUCCGUCGGAUUACGGGCUCAGCCAAGCUCAGCCACCACGAGGUACUUCCGACCCCGACGAAGUAUAACAUCGAUCAAGACCAGCUGAUACGACCGUGCUUCCGCGAUACCUGGCAACCUGCCUCGUUACCCCUUCACAAAGAAUCUAUCUUGAGCCUUGCCACAGAUUAUCAGGCCGGGAAUGUCUUCGGUGGAAGCCAAUCUGGUGAUAUUCAUGUCUGGUCGUUGCACACAUUUUUCCCCGUUACCCGCCUCGUUGGCCACCAAUCUUCGGUUCUCUGCCUGACGAUCUCCAUCGAACGGUCGCUGCUCUUUUCCUCUUCGGGAGACAACACGGUCAGGGUGUGGGACACAAACCGCUUUGGCAAUGCCCUCUUCGUCGUCAAGCCGCCCAUCGACAGCUGCGGUGAUGUGUUGAGCCUGGUGUGGUGCAAUCAGCUGAGCAUAUUGUACUUGGGAUGUCAGGAUACAUCAAUCCAAUGGAUUUGCUUGCCUCAAUCCAUGACUACUCGUACGACGGAGGUGGUAACAGGAGACUCUAUCUGCGGCUCUAGCACCUUAUUGCGAUCCACCUCAUCUGCUCCACCCAUGGAGCAUUCCCUGAGCGCACCCGUCAGAAGCCAUACUAUCCCGGCCGGCUCAUUGUCUCAGGAGGGUCUCAAUCUCCAUAGUCCAGCUGGCCUUUCACCUAAUCCGCAGUUUGCUCGAUCGGUCCAUCACAAAUUCUUCGAUUCAAUGUCACAAUCUGAACUACUCAAGGCUGCCAGACGACGAGAAAGCAACAACAGUCUAUCGCCACUCUUACAUAUACUCUCGCCCGAGCUAUUUGCAGAAUCUCAGGGCAAGCUACGUGAUCAUGCAUUGGAAGACAUCUGCAGUGCUGACGGAUAUCAAAAGGAAGAUGGGAGCGAAGUGCUGUUCAUAAACAACAAGGAUUCUGUGACAUACGCGCACUUUGGUUACAUAUACUGCCUUCUAUUGAUUUGCUUGAACGACCAACUAUUCCUCAUUUCUGGAUCGGGUGACUCGACGAUCAAGGUAUGGACACUUGAUCCGCAAACAGGCGCCCUGAAUCCCAAUUUCAAAAUACUCUCAGCGGUGUCGUCCAUUCAUCUUGCGCCCAGCACAGCUUCUCCCCAAUCAUCUGAAGAUCUCGGUGCAGUGCUUACCCUAGCCGCCUACGGCUCAACUCUCUACUCAGGCUACCAAGAUGGAGUGAUUAAAAUCUGGGACCUCGAUACCUAUACCUGUAUCCGAACCCUCUUCCAUCGGGGAUCUGUUGAUCAACUUCACCCGAGCUCCAAGGACUCGGAUGAUGUGUUGACCUUGACGGUACUCGACAAUGGAGAGCUGUUUUCAGGCUGCUCAAGUGGUGUCAUAAUCAGAUGGGACUCUUCUUUUCACAGGGUUUUGAAAUGGCAAUCGCACCAAGGGAGUGCACUAGCUUCAUGCUUUGUUCUGCACCAAGGCAAGAGGCUUUUAUUGACAGGCGGGAGCGACAACUGCAUCAAGAUUUGGGAUGUAUACCACACAGAGGCAAGCGUACCCCGGCUAGUAACGGAUGAUGCGGAAAUCAAGGACCAAGCGGGAACAGCGAUGGCUUUCCAAGAUCGGAUGUUCAGACAUCUCAGCCAGUUUGUUUCCUACAGGUCGAUCAGCAAUGAAGAACAUCGUGAAGAAUGCAGACAGGCUGCCCUUUACCUUAAGACAACGCUGGUCAAAUUGGGGGCGGACGCGCGGCUGUUACCCGGUGACCCUGGCCGGAACCCACUAGUUCUAGCGACUUUCAAGGGGAAAUCAUCGACUGAAUCGCCGACUACCCAGACGCGCAGGCGGCGCGUGUUAUAUUAUGGCCACUACGAUGUCGUCCAAGCUGGUGACGAGAAGGACUGGACCGCGCCUGCAUUUGUGAUGACUGGCCAGAACGGCUGGCUGUAUGGACGAGGCGUGACGGACAACAAAGGCCCCACCUUGGCCGUUGCUUACGCAGUUACCGCUUUGCUAGAUCAGAGAUCCUUGGACGUCGACGUGGUGAUGUUGGUGGAGGGAGAGGAAGAGGCCGGGAGCGCCGGCUUCCAAAAAGCGGUCAAGGAAAACAAGGAACUCAUUGGCCACAUUGACGUCGUGUUGGUCAGUAAUUCUUACUGGCUGGACGACGAGACUCCGUGCAUGACGUUUGGGCUCCGAGGCGUGAUCCAUGCGACGGUCAAGGUGACUAGCUCGCAGCCCGACUUGCACUCGGGCAUGCAUGGCGGGGCUGUCCAUGAGCCCGUGUUGGACCUCGUGAGAAUCUUGGGCGACCUGGUGGGCAAAGAUGGUAAGAUCUGUUUGGAUGGCUUCUACAAGGGCGUCCGGCCCAUCGGGCCCGAGGAGCAAAAAGUCUAUGAUCGGAUCGUUGAACAUAUCUCCAACUUCGCGAACGUCGAGCUCCUCAAGCAUUCCCCGAUCACCAACAUCCGGGAAAACCUGAUUGCCAAGUGGCGGCAGCCGUCCUUGAGCAUCCACAAGAUCGACGUCACCGGGCCGGCCCACGCCACGGUGAUCCCCGCCUCGGCCCAAUCGGCGGUCUCGAUCCGGAUCGUGCCCGACCAAUCGCUGGACGAGAUCAGCCGCUCGUUGGUCUCGUUCCUGGAAGCCGCCUUCCAGCAUCUCCGGUCCAGCAACACCCUCGAGGUGAAGAUCACCCAGACCGCCGAUUGGUGGCUUGGCCAUCCUGAGGACGUCCAUUCGAUGGCCCUCGCCGGAUGCGUCGAGGAGGAGUGGGGCGUCAAGCCGCUGUGGAUCCGCGAGGGCGGGUCGAUCCCGAGCAUCCCGUUUCUGGAACAAGAGUUCAAUGCGAAAGCGAUCCAUCUCCCCAUGGGCUCCGCCUCCGACUCGGCCCAUCUGCCGAACGAAAGAAUCAAGAUGGUCAACCUCGAAAAAGGAAACCAUGUGGUCGCCAGUUUCUUGAAGAAAGUGGCGCUCAUCUGA